GGUCAGUGAUGGAGCUGCUGCCAUGACAACCCCGGCGGUCGGGGCCCGCGCGCGUCGGGGCUGCUCCCGGGAGGAAGGCGGCGCAGAGGCCGGGGGCGGCCGCUGAGCUUGGCGUCCCCGCGGCUCCGGUGCCGGCUGCAUCUCGCCUUCCCCAGCGCGCGAGCGAGAAAGGGGCCGCCGCAAUCCGCUUCUGCCCGGCCCUUCUCCCUUGGCCGCCGCCGCGGCACCUGCCCUCGCCGAGAUCCGCCACAUCGCAGCAGCUGCCUCGAAAAUUUCGGUUCCGAGGAAGUUGACCGAGGAGGCUGCGGCACGAUCCUCGGGUCCGGAUCGCACGAAGCCCGGUGCAGCUGCCUCCUCCUGGCACACCCCCUGCCGCCUCCUGCGUGCUCUACUUUUCAUCUCUGCUAUUGUUACAGAUUGUUUUCUGCUGGCAAUCCUGCCUCUGAAACUUACAAAGAAAGUGUUGGAUUUCCCCUUGUUGGAACUGAGGGAUUGCAGACCACCUCUGGGUAGCCGGAUCUAACCCACCCCCGUCCCCUUCGGGUACCAAAGUGCUUAUUCCGCUCCAAAGUGCCAUGUCUGAACAGUUAACGGGAAGAAGAGACUACUGAGACCUGCCCACACCUUUGCUCCUGCCUCACGCUUCCCUUUUCACGGCCACCGUCCCCGGCCAAAGCAGCACCGAGGAAGUACCCUUUGGAUGCCGUCAGUGGAAACUGGUUAUCCGAAGCUGCAGCUCUGAGGCUGGCUUUGGGGGAGGACUAUUAGACUCGGAAGAGUCUGCGCGCUUUUCUCUUCCUCGCGCCUCUCGGUCGCUGCUAGUUCACUGCUCGGUCCCUGUGCUCACUCCUCCACCCCACCCACUUCCUGUGCUCGCCCCGGGGGCGUGUGCCGUGCCGCUGCCGGAGUUCUGGGAAGUUGUGGCUGUCGAGGAUGGGGGUCUGUGGGUACCUGUUCCUGCCCUGGAAGUGCCUCGUGGUCGUGUCUCUCAGGCUGCUGUUCCUUGUACCCACAGGAGUGCCCGUGCGCAGCGGGGAUGCCACCUUCCCCAAAGCUAUGGACAACGUGACGGUCCGGCAGGGGGAGAGCGCCACCCUCAGGUGCACGAUUGACAACCGAGUCACGCGGGUAGCCUGGCUAAACCGCAGCACCAUCCUCUAUGCUGGGAAUGACAAGUGGUGCCUGGACCCACGUGUGGUCCUCCUGAGCAACACCCAAACCCAGUACAGCAUCGAGAUCCAGAACGUGGACGUGUAUGACGAGGGUCCAUAUACCUGCUCUGUGCAGACCGACAACCACCCCAAGACCUCGAGGGUUCACCUCAUCGUGCAAGUAUCUCCCAAAAUUGUAGAGAUUUCUUCAGAUAUCUCCAUUAAUGAAGGAAACAAUAUCAGCCUCACCUGCAUAGCCACGGGUAGACCAGAGCCUACGGUUACCUGGAGACACAUCUCCCCCAAAGAAAAAAGUUUGCUGACUCUAUUCUACAGGACUGAUAAUGAUGAUCUCUUGGAGAAGACUGUGGGCUUUGUGAGUGAAGAUGAAUACUUGGAAAUCCAGGGCAUCACAAGAGAGCAGUCUGGGGACUACGAGUGCAGCGCCUCCAAUGAUGUGGCUGCACCAGUGGUACGGAGAGUAAAGGUCACCGUCAACUAUCCACCAUAUAUUUCAGAAGCUAAGGGUACAGGCGUCCCCGUGGGACAAAAGGGGACAUUGCAGUGUGAAGCCUCAGCAGUUCCCUCAGCAGAAUUCCAGUGGUACAAGGAUGACAAAAGACUGGUUGAAGGAAAGAAGGGGGUUAAAGUGGAAAAUAGACCUUUCCUCUCAAAGCUCAUCUUCUUCAAUGUCUCUGAACACGACUAUGGGAACUACACGUGUGUGGCCUCCAACAAGUUGGGCCACACCAAUGCCAGCAUCACACUAUUUGAACUAAAUGAGCCUACAAGCUCAACUUUGUUGCAAGAAGUGAAAACUACAGGCCUGCCCCCUUGGAAAGGCCCAGGCGCAGUCAGUGAAGUGAACAAUGGGACGUCGAGGAGGGCAGGCUGCAUUUGGCUGCUACCUCUCCUUGUCUUCCUACUCCUCAAAUUUUGAUGUGAGUGCCACUUCCCCCACCAGGGAAAAGCUGCCGCUACUGCAACCACCAACACUACCGCAACGGCAACUCCAACAGCAGCAAGAGCAAACCUGUUUCUAAAUAAGAUAUAAUCACAUGAAAUUCAGAGAAACAGAGCCUAAUGGGACAAAAAUUCGAGGGAGGGGAACAAAGAAUACUUUGGAAAAACACGUUUAAAAAGGAAAUCGAAAAUCAAUCGACUUGCAGUCCUUGCAGAUAUGUAGGUACAGCUGAGUUUUCUUUUUUUCCCAAAUGGGAGGAGCGCACACCUGGCUUUGGACCUGCCCGCAAGCUGCACUGCGUGACCUCAGGAGGGCUAGGGCUCCGCUCCUCCACCCACUAAAGUGCCCCCAGCAAGGAAAAUUCUGGAGUCGGCUACCCCAAAUUCAAUCAAUAGAGACGAACACAUAGUGAGACGUGUGGCCCAGAUGUGCCACUGCGGGCCCUUUUGUAGACUGUGCCACUAUUGUGUGUGUUAUGAAACGCAGAUUUAAGAAAAUAAAUAAAUAAAAAGGAAAUUAAACAAGACAGCCUGACAGCUACAAAAAUCCCACAAUCAACAGUCACAAAAGAUAUUAUUAAACUUUUUUUUUUUUUCAUUUUACUACAUGGACAUCAUGGAUAAUAAGGGAUUCUGAUUCAUUAUUAAUUUUAUUAAUUAUAUUUUCUGAUAUGAGUCUAGAACUUAGUGCAAAAAUAAGACAAAACUAAAAAAAAUACACAAAUGAAAGGGGUGAAGAGAAGUAUGUUUGUUAAACAUUAUAAAUGAAUAGUGCACUUCUUUACUAGGUUUACAACUGGUGGACCACACACCGGGCAUUAACCACCUGGUGAGGAUUUGGCAGAUCCACCAAAAAUUCACAUACGAUUUAACCAACAUUUCCACCAGCGCUACAGAUUUCUCCUUAUUCUGGCAUUUAAUACAGACAAUACUAUGCUUCUACGUGCUGUUUAGAAAUGGAAGGGUGAUCUGCACUGUAUCUUGAGUUUGUUGGCUAUGCUUCUUUUGAUGACAUAUAUUAUACAGUAUAUAUAUAUAUAUAUAUAUAUAUAUAUAUAUAUAUACAUAUAUAUAUAUACACACAUAUAUACACACACAUAUAUUUUUUUUGUUAGAGUUCUAGCCAUUUUAUUUCUCAGCAGGGUCCUUUCUCAGACAUUACUGCAUGCUGUAUAUGGUGUUAGCUGUGUGUUGAUCUUCUAAAAGAUGAUAGAAUUUACUGGUAAUUGUGUACUCAGCUCCUGCCAUUUUAUUUCCUUAGUUUAUUUACAUGUCAGAGACAUUUAUAAAAAGAGAAAAGAGAAAAAAGAAAAAAAAAACAAAAAA